AUGAUACAGCAAGUUAGUGGAGAAAGAAGGGUUCCAACCCAAAAGGCCAUCUUCCAUUUACCUCCACAGGUGCUGCCUGACCCGCUAAGAUCCCCCAGCAGUUUGCUUGCAUCAUUUAAUUACCAGCUAUCAUAUGAAUGGAAUGUUUCUUCACUGGUGUUCUGCAUAAACUUUAGAAAACUUGAGUUAAAUCUCAGUAUCCAUAAUUUCUCUGACGUUCGUCUUCUAUGCCUAGGUGUCUGGUUGAAUUCUGAGGCUUCAGUUCUGAAGAGCUCCAAAUAUUCCCACCACCCAUCUCACACCACAUCGCCUCUCCCAAAGAAUAAGGGUACCAACUUCACUGGAGAGGUGAAGAGAAAACAGACAGCUGAUGAGAUAAUUCAGUCUCAAGAGAAAAACUGCACCAGUCUGUACCUCCUGGAGGAGCAGCAGCGAUUGACACUGGAGCGGGAAGCCAGACUUCAGAUGGAAAUAAAUAAACUGCACAAGGAGCUGAGCGAACAGAAGCAGCUCCUGAAGGAGAACCACGACGUCAUGCGGCAGUUACAGGAGCAGCUUCUGAAGGUGCAGUCCCAACAGUUCCAGAGCAACAUCCAAGCAGAACGAGGACAUGCGAUCAAAAGCACAGCCAAACCAGAGAGUAAAGUCUGCACUGUAAUGUAAAGUGGAUUUUAAUAUAUAUUUAUCAACAAGCACAUCUCGUCUGGCAGCUUUUAUUCCAAGGACUAAUAUUGCCGUUUGCACACUGUAUGGUCCAGCACUAAACAGAGUGGGUCAGAGUCGCGAGUUGUGUGGUUCUGCAGCUUAAAGCACCGAAACUCCUGGCUUCGCUGCCAUGGUAACGCUGUACUCAAGAGAGACUAUGCAAAUGAAUAAGAUGAAAGGCGCCCGAUUUGACUUUUAGCCCCAUUCUCUCUUCUGCCCUCCCCCCUUGAUUCUCUUUGAAGUUCUCAUAGUCCACCCUGGAGACAGCUGCCCACCUAUCAGGGCAGUCAUUCCCUCUGAUAAAGCACCUGAACCAAUUCAGCAAGGGUUAAAGUUCAAGUGAAACUCAAGAUGGCUCAGGUCAAGCUGCUGUGUGUGGAGUUUGGGCCCUUCUAUAGUUUCUUGCUGUGGUUUGUUGCUCCACCCGUCUCUGAUACCUGACACUCUCUGAAAGAAUGCUAUUUAAGUUUGGGAUGGUAUUUCUCAAAAGCCUUUCUGCAGUUCACAUACAGCAUGAAACUACUUCAGUUAGUUCCAAACUUCAGAUCCCAAACAAUAUUAAGCAUUGGUUUUAGACAUCAAAAUCUGUGCAGCAUUGGACAGUACAAGACUACUUUUCUUGAAUGGAAGUUGAAAAUAAAAUAACCACAAAACCUAAGAAAGAGCAGGGAAAACAGAAUCCAGUAACUUUAUAAUUCAAAGUUUAUAAUUGCAUCAGUUUAACUAACGUAAUUAAUUACGAUUAAAACACACAAAAGUACUUGUGCUAACUCUAUAUCAGGCCACAAACUAGUGCUAAUUAUUUCCUGUGGAAUAAUAAUGAUGAGAGAGUGUUUAAUGAAUUUCGUAUUUGGUUUAUUAUUGUUACGCGUACCGAGAUACAAUGACAAACUUUGUUUGCCUGCGAUCCAGUUAAAUCGUAAUCUUCAGGAACACAAGCAAGUGCAACAGAUUGUGCAGAGAGAAACAUAGUGCGGGAUGUAAUGUGCCAUAUAAGUGACACUCCAAUCAAACUGUGGGCAGAUAAAACCCACAAGUGUCUUAUAAAUGACAGAGACAUGAUGAUAGUGAGGGAUUCUGCAACAAGAUCAGUUAACAGAACUAGAAGUAAAGUGAAAAUUAAAGUGAAUACUAACAAAUAAGGUGAUGUGGGGAAAGAUUUAAUAGGAACCUGAGGGGUAACUUUUUCACACGAAGGGUAGUGGGUGUACGGAACGAGCUGCCGGAGGAGGUAGUUGAGGCAGGUACUAUCGCAGGCAGUGCAAUUCUUGAUUAGUACGGGUGUCAGACGUUAAAGGGGAGAAGGCAGGAGAAUGGGGUUAGGAGGGAGAGAUAGAUCAGACAUAAAAUGUUGGAGUAACUCAGCAGGACAGGCAGCAUCCCUGGAGAGAAGGAAUCUCUGGAGAGAAGACUACUCUGCUGAAGAAGGGUCUCGACCCGAAACGUCACCCAUUCCUUCUCUCCAGACAUGCUGCCUGUCCCGCUGAGUUACUCCAGCAUUUCGUGUCUACCUUCGAUUUAAACCAGCAUCCACAGUUCUUUCGUACACACGAUCGAUCAGCCAAGAUUGAUUGGCGGAGUCGACGAUGGGCCGAAUGGCCUAAUUCUGCUCCUAAUGCCAGUACCUUAUAACCUUAUGUUUAAGAAACAUUUGGACAGAUACAUGGAGAGGACAUGUUUAGAGGGGUAUGGGGCCAAAUGCAGGCAGGUGGCACUAGUGUAGAUGGGUCAUGUUGGUUGCUGUGGGCAAGUUGGGCGGAAGGGCCUGUUUCAACACUGUUUGACUCGAUGAUUCCAUCUACAAAGUGUUACAAGGAAUUGCAGAUGCUGAUUUACAAAGAAGGACACCAAGUGCUGGAGUAACUCAAUGGGUCAGGCAGCAUCUCUGGAGAACAUAGACAGAUAAUGUGUCAGCUUGGGCCCCAUCUUCAGAUUUAUUUUGGUGAAGUAAGUAAGAUAUGAUGCAUUCGCAACCACCUGGAAUAAUAAACCGAAUUAAUGAUCAAGCAGUCAAAACUCCAACCCCACUUCCUACCAACGUUCUUCAUGGUGUCCAUGAGCACAUAGAUUGAUGGGUUAUAUGGAAUGAGCUGCCAGAGGAGAUAGCUGAGGCAGAUACUAUAACAUUUAAAAGACACUUGGAUAUGUGCUGUACAUGGAUCGGAAAGAUUUAGAGGGAUAUGGAAAAAGUUGUACUACCUUAGAUGGGGAACCUUGGUCUGUAUGGACAAGUUGAGCUGAAGAACCUGUUUCUGUGCUGUUUGGCUAUUACACACGAACAACCACAAUCCCAUUUUACAAAAGUCACAAACAACAAUUAAGAAUUGUUUGACUAACACUAUUUUAUUUUUUCAUAAUUAUAUUUUCACACACUAAACAAUUUGAACUACAAAAACAGGAUCUGUCAUUGUACAAAGUCAACAAUCAUAUGAUCAGUGGGAAUAUGAACAUUCACACAAGAGGAGAGGAAAGUGCUUUGAAGAACUUGGGCGGUGAGGGACCACAAUACUUUGGUCGCACACCAACACGGGUUUUUAUGUUGCUGCUUAAACAUUAUGUUCACAAAACCCCGUGGAUGGAUGUUGACAGCAGGAGGCAAUAUAUUUAAAAGCUACAUAAUGUAUGCCCUUUUAUUACAGUCUGGAUCACUGUUUACAGUCCAGUGUCAUAAGUCAGCAGCCUAGCUCCUUACAAUGGUUACAUGGUUUUCUCUUUGUUUCUAUAAUAUAUUUAUAUAUAAUAUAAAACAAAUGGAACAAUACACCAGCAUCAUUUUGUGGGAACAGCUACACCUUAAAUUUCUGGAACGGUAAUAGCACUCGGUUGAGCACAUGGGGAUAUCUUGGGUAUUAAGUCCACUAUCAGCUUUGAUAAUGACAUGUACUCCUCCCAUUACUGAAUCAACCACGUUACAUAAACGAGCUUCCUUUGACGGGAUCAGAGGUUUACGGUUAUACCACCCACACCCUCCCCAUCACUUCAGUUCCAGGGUCUGUAACACUCUCCCUCCUAUUAAUCAAAAGCCGGACAUUUGGGAAUGCUUUGAAAAAUCAACAACUCAAAUGCUGGCGAAGCUGGGAAUUGAUCAGGGGUCGAUCCUGCCAGGCAGAAGCUCGGCUCAGGAUCAUUGUAAGGAAAGGGUCUCGGAGGGAUUAACAGAGGGAGCAAUAUCACACAUCGCAUUGCUAUUUUCUCCCUGUGAUGGGAUUUCAUUUACAAGCACUACCUACAUAGCUUUGGACAAUCGAUAAACAAAAUGCUGCAAAUCCGAAAUAAAGACAGCAAAUGCUGGAAAUACUCAGCAGGUUCGGGAUGCGUCUACUGAAGGAAAAACAGAAUUGGAGGUCAAUGACUUUUGAUCAGAACAUCAAGAAGCACAAAAUGUCACUCUGUUUCAUGCGCACUCCACCACCUGUUGAGUAUCUCCAGUUUGUAUUUGAACCUUCAAGAUUGACAAGCAUUUUAAAUUGACUUAAAACAUUGGGGGCAAUUUUAACCCAACCAGCAAGAAUGAGUUACCGACUCUACAUCCUGGCAUGUAUUGUAGCACAAUCCAAUCUUGCCUCGUUCCUUUGGGGUGGU